GCCUGUUCUCUGGAAUCGUGUGUUGCUUAAUAUUUGUAAUCGAUGAAGGCAAUGUGCAGUGUCAAGGAGCAAGCAUUAAGGUAAACUAUCUGAAUGAAUUCAAACUGACAGAGAUGUUCCUUAAGAUAGAGCCCAAAAAUACACAACCUCUCCUAGAAGCUACAACCAAGGUAGUCCAAGAAUAUGCAAAGAUUAUACCAGAAGAAGAUAAACGUAUAGCUGAGAACUCGGUCCACAUGAUGCACAAAAUUGGCAAACGUUUAACAAAGUUUUGGAAACAACUAACAGAUUGGCAUAGCACCAGAAUACAACUGUUGAGUAUAAUGAAGAAUGAUUCUGAGGCUAUAUUUAACGUGACGAUUGAUACAUUCAACACCAUACACAAUGAUUUCGAUUAUGAAAUUAGAUACAAACUCUAUUUUGAUCUGCUGUAUUGGGAGAAGAGAGUAGGCUUCAUUUACAUGAAUGACAACUUACUCAAAGCUUUCAAUAUUACAAAAACUUAUCGUAAAAACAUCAAGGCAUUGAGAGGAUUGCAAGAGGCAAAGAGGAUUGAAAAAAAGUUGAACCGAUUCUACCCUAAGUUCAAGAAGCUACAAAAAUUGUUGGGCUGGAUUGUCAACAACAUCCAACAGUUGAAGAUUCCUCGAAUUGAUGGUACUAACAAUUGCAACAAACAGUCAGAAGGUGUUAAUCUUAUAAGAACAGAUGACGGUGCAAGUUUCCUAGCAGUUUGUGACUCAGAAUGGCUGGUUGUUGCUCAAAGGUUUGAUGGUAGUGUUGACUUCCACGAUCCGCAAGAAGAACAAAAAGAGUAUAGUGUUCCAUUUGGAGAUCCCCCAUCAGAGUACUUCAUUGGACUUGACAAUCUUGCUUCUGCAGCUGCACAAGAUGUAUAUAUGCUGCGAAUUGAGUUAACAACUUGGAAAAAUGAAACCAGAACAGCGGACUAUUUUAAGUUUGAUGUCACCCCAUUAGACUAUGUUGAUUGGGACCUACAGUAUAGGCCUUCCUGGUAUACUUUAAGAUUGGGAGAAUAUAAAGGCUCGGCUGGUAAUUCCCUUUAUAAGAAAGGACAGUAUUCUGAUAAAAUCUAUCCUAUAAAUCCAAAUGGAUGGUGGUGGGGCUGUUGCGGUAAAGCAAACUUAUUUGGACGAUAUAAUAAUGGACCCAAAUGUGAAAAAGAAAUGGACUGUAUGAGCUGGAAAGCAUGGCCAGAGAAACUUCUUGAAGGAAAAGACAAUGGGUUCUAUUCAUUCAAAGCAAUGAGAAUAAUGAUUGGCCCACUUCCCAUAGAGCUCCCUUCGGAUGUACCUUGUAUUGAACAGAAGCCUGGCAUCAAUAAUAUACAGCUUCCGAAUGGAGGAUCUUUCAAAGCUCAAUGUGAGGAAAACUGGUUGCUGGUGGCUCAUAGAUUUGAUGGGAGUGUCGAUUUUUAUCGUACUUGGGCAGAAUAUAAAGCUGGUUUCGGUGAUCCACCUGGAGAAUAUUUUAUUGGCCUUGAUAACUUGGCAGCAUUGAUAAGUGAGAACAAUAGGAAAAGAUAUGUGCUAAAGUUGGAGUUCACAACAUGGAGUGGUCAAACUGAGACAGCAGAAUAUUACAUUUUUCAAAUGCCUGCAUACGAUAAUGGUAAUACUGGGGUUAGAAUAGCAGAUUUCCGAGGCUCUGGUAGAGAUGUUAUGACUGACUACCACUAUUACCAUUAUGAUUAUGGGUAUAUCGACAACCCAUUUACUACUUGGGAUCAUGGGAAUGAAAUGUACAAGUAUGGUCCAAAAUGCUCUGUUUUACGUAGAGGUGCAUGGUGGUAUUACCAACCUCAUGGUACAGCCGAUGACAUCUAUGAAGAAGCAAAUAUCGAUUACGAGGACCGAGAUUACUGUGGUGUUGUGAACCCAUUUGGACAGUAUGUGAAUGGAACCAAAUGUGACAUAAAGUUUGGAUGUAUGAGUUGGAUGGGAUGGCCUGGUGAACUUUUCAGCGAUGCAGAACGGAAAGAAAACAAAGAACUAAACAAUGCCUGGUAUUCCUUCAAGGAAAUGAAGUUCCUGAUACGCCCAAGAGAACCUAAUUGGAGCUAUAAUUAUUACUUUGAUGAAACAUUUUAG